GUUGUGCAGUGUUUCAGUGUUGUGUAGCGAUUCAUCAUGGCUUCCCGUGCUUCUUCCCCUGCCAUCGAGAUCAACUUUGCCACCACCUUAGAGGACAUCAUCAAGGCCACCAUCUUUGACGAUGCAGCACCUUCACCACAGCCUACCACCACCACCAUCCAGAGCAGCCUCAACACCAGCGCCGCGGAGACCAGAUUUGACGAGUGCCUGACCUCCCUCAUCAGUGAUCAUCCCACACCAGAGAAAUCCCAGGACAACGACCUUCAGCUAGCUCUUCAGUGUCUUCAGCCAUCAUCACCAGAGAAGAUCUGCGAUGACAACACCCUCUCCUCUACAGAGAUCUUCAGUGCCCUGAAGACCAUUUUCCGCUUUGAGGCCAAGUCAUCCACCCCAUCAGUGCUCAUCAAGUCCGUCCAGCCAGAGAUGUCUACAUCCCAACGUGAACAACAGCUUCUGCAGAGAUUCAACGACCUCCAUCAACACCACCCUCAUCAGAUCAACGACCUGUCAUCCUUCUUCAAGUACCAGAGUGCCCAAGUGGAGACAGACCGCUACUGUGCCCUUCACCAGAAUUCCAACCAGCCACACCACAUCAGAGAGAGUAUCAACCAACACUACAACAUCACCCAUCACCGCAUCAUGGACCGCGUGGAGAACAGCCUACAGAUCCUAGAGGAGAGUCUACCACAGCCACCACCCAGUGUCAACCAGACCACAGCCAACACGCAGAGCACCACCCAGAUCAACAACCUCCGCACCAGACCAUCGCUAUCCCAGAAGUCCGUUCAGCUGAUGGAGAAGUGGUACUACAGUCAUCUGGAGCAUCCGUACCCGUCGUCCGACGUCAUCGAGGAGCUGGCCAGGAGAGGAGGCUUCAAGGAGGAGCAAGUCAAGAAGUGGUUCUCCAACAAGAGGAACAGGAGCCGGAGGUCAUCAGGGGUCAACAAGAGGAGGUCAUCAGGGGUCAACAAGAGUGUGCCAUGCUUCUGGUGAUUGUGUCAACAAGA